AUGAUAUGGACUUUACAUUCUGUGCUGCGCCAUGUACUGCCAGGUUGUUCUCUGCACAGUGCUUGUAAGACAGCACUCGGUGGCCAAGAGGGAUUCAAGUGGAGUCUCUCAGCGGAGCUGCUGGCUGAUGGCUUCAGGGCAUCUUUUGUUGUCUCACUUGAACCUGAGGUGCCACACCAAACUCAACUUACCAAAACAGCGCGAUUCGUUGGUGCGGGCACUUGCAACAGUCUUGUGAUUCUGUUCUAUGCGACUUGUUCCGCAUGGAACAGUGGCCGCAAUGUCUCGAUCCUCAUGGUGAAAGCUGAAAUUCUGGACACGUACCAAGUCUACUAUCAAUGCCGGUUAGUCGAGGUGCAGAAGAAAUCCCAUGAGUUCCCAGCCACAACUCCGCAGGACUGCUUUCGUCGAAGGAAUGCCCCGGUGCUGCAAUCUUUGCGCCCCUGCUCUUCUGAGGCUAGCACACGGCCGGGCAAAAGGACGAGGAAGCUUCAAGACCAAGAUGUGCUGACAGGAUCCCGGAGCACCGGCUCGAUGAACUUCUCCAAGGCCCUUGGCACCUGGACGUUGUCUCCGCUCAUGCUUGGCCAGUCGCGCAGUGGCUCCAAGCAGCCUGGUAAAGCUUGGGCCAAUGCAGGAACCGUUCCGAUAGUGCGGAGCUUCGAAACGGUCCCAGUGCAACACCGGCGAAGCUCGACGGACAGAAACAACGAGGCCAAGCAGGAGGCCACCAUGGUUCAUGAGCUCGAGCGCGACGCGAUCACAACCGAGGAGGAGGAGCGAGCCUUUGCCUUGCUGCAGCGCAGCAACUUCUUCAGAAGUCUGGAGCCUGAAGUCUUGGCGGAGCUUCCUCGGAUGGCUUCUUUCAUGGAGGCUCCGAAGGGUGCAGUCGUCUUCCGCCAGGGGGAUCCACCGGCCCAUUGCUGGCUGAUCGUCAGGGGAGAGGUGGCCUUCUUCAUAGGUCCAGGAAAUCAAGAUACCCCACGAUUGCCUGUCAGCGCAGGCUUUGAGGAUGUGCACGUUCCAAUGCCCUGGGAAGAGUCGGCCCGAGUGAGGACGCUGGACGGUGUCAGCACGGUGUCCUUGCAAAGCGACUUGGGGAAGUGUGUCGGCAAGGCACGGAGCGGCGCGGUCUUCGGCGAGCUGGCCCUGAUGCACAAGGACGCAACCAGAAAGGCAGCUGCCAGCUGCCUGACGAACUGUGAGUUCCUGCUGUUGCCCGCCAGCGCCUUCAAGAUUGCCAAGGAUCGCCUGAUUCAGCUCCAGGAGGCAAAGAAGAAGUUUCUGAACCGCUUCGUCCCGGGCAUGAAGGCUUAUCCGGAGCCAGGCCCCAAUGAUCCUCCACAUCCCAGCUUCUUCUUCAACAAAUUGAAGGUCGAUCAGGACUUCAUUUUUUUGAAGCAGGGCGAGAGAGAUUCGAGGGUGAUCUAUGUGAUCUACAGAGGCAAUGUACAUCUGAAGAAAGAGCAGGACGAUGGAGCUGAAACUUGUCAAACGCUGCUUCCCGGGCAGCUGUUUGGGUCCUGGAUCAAUGCACUGGAGCCUCUUUCGGCAGUGGCGGCCACCACCUGCGAGGUUUGGUUCGUGAAAGCUUCGGACAUGCGGCUGCUGCCCAGCGCUCUCCUGAAGGCGAUUCAGGAGCAUCUGUCUGAAGAGUACUCACAGCUGCUGAAGUCAGUGCACGUCACUCGCAAAUAUGGUUGGGAUGUGCUCAUGCCGAGCCUGAUGCCACAUCCUAAGCCGUUGCCGCGGCAUGAGGACCCUGACAGAUGGGCGGAGCACAUCCUCCAUCAGGUGCACGACCAGGAGAUGCGGACGCAGUUCUUUGCAGCCACCAUCGGUCAUGACCUGGUCAACAGGCAGUGGCGGCCGUGA